CGAAGCGUACGAUCGCCAGCAAUCCGGCAGUUCCGUGUGUGCGUGUGUGUGUGUCUGUGCAUAUUCGGUGAGUGGUGACGUCAGAAUCAACUCCUUACGAUCCAUCCACCACUAGCCCCUACCGAUCAAACGAAAUAUCCUGAAAACGAAAGAAGAAGAAGCUCCAACGUGUGUUAGAAACCAGGGAAAAAAACGAAGCCACCGCGAACGAUCCGUGUGUGUGCGCGUGCGUCCGUGUGCGUGUCCGUGUGUGUUUGAAAAUGUUUGACGUGCGCACGGCCGAGGCGGGUGCUUGUUGUGAACGUGAAGAGCGCGAUAGUGGGGACGGCACGGCGACGGCAAUGUCAAUCACGGCCCGGCGACGGCGCGCCUUCCAGCGCCAGGCGUGUCUCCUGAGCGUAAUGGCCGCGUUUUCGCUCGGUCUCGCGCUCGGUGUCUUUGUGCCACUGAUCGGUAUCUCGCAGGCUGCCUCUAAAACCCCGGUCGUGAUAGUCAGUGACAAUGAUCCUGCCGGUCAUCAGCAUCAGCAUCAUCGAGGCGCCCCGGAUGGGACCGUGCGAUCGCGACCAGAAUCCGGUUCCUAUUCGGUGCCGGCGGCGGCGACGGUCGAACGACGCGACCGGCACGAGAUGCCCCAUUUCCCCACGAUCGACGAUAUCCGGCGGUUAGGUUCCGAUUCCGGCGGCGCGUCAGUGUCCGGUGUCGUCGCGUACGAGCUCGAUGCACCGCCCGGCCGGUACGCAUCCGUGUCGUUCAUCGCGGAGGACAAACUGUCCGGUUCCGGCCGUCCGAUCGUUGAUCGUGAUGAUGCCGGAGCGGCUGACGCCGCCCAGGACGCGUCAUCGUCGUCGGCGAUCGUCGAGCAGAUGGUGGCGGCCGGUGGUAUCGAACUCCAGGAAUCCGGGCCCGGUGUUAAUCCGGCGGUGGCGCACCGUGGGGCAGAUGAUUCCACGACCGACGACGGUGUCAUCCAGGACGGUAUCUACUGGGGAUCGUCCGUUGAGCGCGCCCUACCGAGUGGGUUCGAUCGGCGGCAGAGUGAAUCCUGGACGCAGUAUCUGCGGGUGGCGCAGGUCGAUCGGCUCGAGAUCGGUUGCGGCCGGAUGCAGAACCGGAUGCUGGUGUUCCGGGAUGGGACGCGCGCCUGCGCCCGGUACCGGCAGAACACGGACCAGAUCCAGGGCGAGCUGUUCUCGUUCUAUCUCGGGCAGCUGCUGAACCUUACCAACCUGGCACCGAGUGCGGCCUCGAUCAUUGAUCUGGAUGCGCGGCUUUGGUCAUCGGCCACCGACGAUCUCGGCAGCUCGCAGUGGAAACCGACGAAACCGGUCGUGAUCACCAAGUGGAUCGGUAACCUGGAACCGGCCGGCAUACCGAAACCAUUCCAACCGCUCGAACGCCACCUGAACCGUUACGAUGUCCGGAACAUUACCGAGGGUCUCGAUCGGACGCAGUCCAGUGUGCAUCGCGUCCAGACCGCGACGGCGGCGGCGGCGCCAACAGAAGAUAGUGUCCGGAGGUUACUACUCGAUCGUCUCGCACCGAGCAACCAGCCACCGAGUGGGGCGCGUCGCAUUCCGUCGCAACAACCACAGCAACAGCAGCAACGACAACAACAGCAACAGUUGACGCCCGACGUGCUGGAACGGUUGGUCGAGCUGGCCCAGUGGUCCGAUCUGAUCGUGUUCGACUAUCUGAUCGCGAACCUUGACCGGGUCGUCAACAAUCUGUACAACUUCCAGUGGAACGCGGACAUCAUGGCGGCGCCGGCCCACAACCUCGCCCGCCAAACCGAUUCCGCGCUGCUCGUCUUUCUCGACAACGAGUCCGGACUGCUCCAUGGGUACCGAUUGCUGAAGAAGUACGAAGCGUACCAUGGGCUGCUGCUCGACAACCUGUGCGUGUACCGGCGAUCGACGGUCGAGGCGCUCGAGCAGCUCCGGGCGGCCAACGUCGGCCGGCGGCUCAAUGCGCUGUUCGAGCGGACGACGACACCGCAGAUACGCGACGUGUUGCCACCGUUGCCGGAAAAGUCCGUCAAGAUACUAGUCGACCGGAUUGACCGGGUGCUCGGUCAGGUGCAGAAGUGUCGGGAGCUGUUUGCCAGCAACCGAUAGCCGAUAGUCACCGUCGGCCGCAAAAACCCCGUGGCGCAUCGCGGCCACCGCAAAUAAGACUGUGAGUCCUUGUGAGCGAGAGAGUGAUCGAGAGCCGUAGUGAGAGAGAACGGGAAGUGAGUUUGAACGCGAAAGAGCGAGUGAGAGAAUUUAUUAUUAUUAUUUUUAUUAUUAUUUGUAUUAUUAUUAAUUAAUAUUAUUAUCUUUAUUAAUAUUAUUAUUAUUAACUUUAUUAUUGCUGCAACGACGGUUGCUGUUGACCGGAGUGACGUUGGCCCGGUCGUUGGUGCGCGUGUACAGAGAGAAGAGGUAGUAGUAGUAGUAGUAAUAAUAAUAGUAGGGACUUAACAAACGAUCGCGCAUUGAAGAUCGCAGACAGAACAACGAAAACAGGUGACCGAAAGAGAGAAAGAGAUCGCAACACUUCCUUAGGAAGAACAUUAUCAUAUCAAUGAUGCUGAUGCUCAUGUAAGAAAGGAAGAAAAAGGAAAAGAAUGGAAGAGAAGAAGAGAGAGAGCGAGCAUGAGAGAGAAAGAAAGAGAAAGAGAAACCAAGAUAAGGAUAUGAAGAGGCAGCCAUCAGAAAAAGGGAUCCAACGGCUUUCCGCGC